CAUGGCCUGGUUCCUUCGUGCUGAACAUCCAUGGAAAGGAAUAAGGAAUAAUGGUUUGAGAAUUUGAGAAGGUACCCCAAGUGCCUCUCAUUUCAGUUUUAGAGAAAAGGGUCACGGGUAUGAGGGCAGAUGGAGACCUUACUAGGCAGUCGUGGAGCUGAAGCCAAACACACCGAAAAGAGUUGGCCAAGGCAAAGAAAAGGCGCCAAAACUGUGUGGGUGGGAGCCCUGAGGUUUAAGGGCCGAGAAAGGAGACCAAGACAGGAGGCUGAUAUCCUCACCUAGCCUGGCCUCGGGCUGCUCCUAGUCUGUGACUCGCUCAGGCCACACCCAGUGCCUACACCGCCUGCGGUUUUUUUGAGCAGAGCUGGAGUUUUCCUUUGAGAACUGGAGCAACGAGGACGUAUGAAUGACCCGCUCUCCGGGAUCGAGCCCGAGCGGGCCGUGUGCUCUCCGCGCGGGGUCGGGGGUGGGCCACCCGUGGAUACCGGCGCUCCGGAUCCCGCGCUGUCGAAGACCGACAGGGACCUCUCAGCGGCAGGUGGGGACAUGAGAUCGCGGACGCGAGAGAAUUUGAAUUGCCAGUCGUCCUGGGUCAGAGAAAAAGUGCUCUUUCUUCUGAACCCCGAGAGGUGGUUGGGAACCCAAGCGGACGCUGCUUGCGCAGAGCUGCUGGAUAGCGAGGACUUCCGUCCGAGGAUUGACGACCACCGCGAUUCGGAACGGGAACCGAAGCUUUCCCGCAGGCGCAUUGCCACGGUCCCCGGAGCCCAGCCUCGGAACCCAGCAGCCACCCCCAGGUCCGUGCUGGUGCGGGUCGUGGAUUACCAUGAGACGCAGGAGGUGCAGCGGACUGAGUGGACCAAGGGUCAGAUGACUACGAGGACCAAGGAGCGCUCUGUAACCGCCGUCACCUUUCGCACCCAGAGUGACUGACAUCGUUUGUGCGGCACUGGGGCGAGAGCAGAACCUGGAUGUACCCCGCGUUGCUACGAGAGGACAAUUCGUCGCCAAAGAUCCGAACCCGAGAAAUGUUCCAGGGCUAGGGAUGCGAGGAAACGCUUGAAGAACCAACUCUCAGCAGUUUUAGACUUCCUCUGUGGCGUCAGUGUCUGACAGUCCUUUAAGAGAAUAAAAGGUGAAGAACAAGAAUACUUUCCAUUUCACAAGAGACUUUGGAAGAGCAUCCGAACUUGUCCUCAGUACCAAGGAAUGUCUCAGGAUGACCAGGUCUCGGCAUCUCUCAGGAUGACUGGGUCGUGGCUCUUUGACUUAACCUCUACCUCACAGAAAACUGAGUUCGUCUGAAAUUGUCUUUGUUGGAUAAACUGCACCAAAGACUCCCAGAGGCCCAUCUGAACACAAUAGACUGGGACAAAUGUCAGAGUAACAUAACCGCCAUGAU